UCGUCGCUGGUGAUCGUGGGUGUAUGAGCAGAGAGACGCCUGAGCUGCUGUAGAAGCAGGAGUUUAAGAAGCGAAGAUGUUUUACCUUGUGGCCGUCUGCGGGGCUCUGCUCGGUGUCUACGCUCUCCUCCAGCUGACUGUCUUUAAGAUGCCCAGGUGUAAAAGCUCAGCAAAGCUUCACGGCAAGACGGUCGUCGUGACUGGCUCCAACACUGGCAUUGGGAAAGCAACCGCGAUGAACCUCGCCAAACGAGGAGCCAGGGUGAUCCUCGCAUGCAGAGACAAGCAAAGAGCCGAGGCGGCUGUUAACGAUAUUAAAAAGGAAAGUGGAAACAAUGAGGUGCUGUAUAUGCAAUUGGACCUCGCCAGUCUCCGGUCUGUGCGAUCAUUUGCUGAGAACUUUCUCAAGGCAGAGCCCAGACUGGACAUACUCAUCAACAAUGCUGGGCUUGCGAUGAGAGGUAAGACCGAGGAUGGAUUUGGAAUGAUUUUUGGUGUCAAUCAUCUUGGUCACUUUUUGUUGACCGUUCUGUUGCUGGACCGACUGAAGGAAUGCGCCCCCAGCAGGGUGGUCACUGUGUCCUCAUGCGCUCAUGUGAUGGGGAAAGUCGACUUUGACUGCAUCAACACCCACAAAGAUCUAGGCCUGGGGGGUUCUACCAUACGCUUGCUGAAGUUAUAUAGCCACAGCAAAGUCUGCAAUAUUCUGUUCACCCAUGAGCUGGCCAAGAAACUGGAGGGCACGAACGUCACCUGCUUCAGUCUUCACCCAGGGAUUAUAAAAACGGAGAUAGGCCGUCAUUCCAACCUGUGGUGGAAGAUCAUCUUGGCACCUUUCGUGCUGCUCUCUUCGGAUGUAGAGUCAGGAGCCCAGACUGUUCUCCACUGUGCUCUCCAGGAGGGGAUCGAGCCCCUGAGUGGACGCUACUUCUCCAAAUGUGCCGUGGCGGACGUGUCUGCCGUGGCCAGAGAUGACGCAACUGCCAAGAAGCUCUGGGAAGUGAGCGAAAGACUGUGUGGCCUAGCUUGACUCUAUACGUGCUGAGAUGAGUUGAUUUGUACUGUGAAUCCUAAUUGCUUUUGAUAUUUAAUAUUCUGUUUGCCAUGUUUUAUGAUGGUCUUCUAAUAAUUAAGCUAUGUGGCGUGUUUGCAAAAGUGCACAAAGCCAGAGGAGAGAGGGUGUGGUGUUAUGUGGUGUGAAGUGAGAUGAACGUGUGUCUUUAUGUCCCUGGAAGCUGUUGCGUACCUGUCUGCUUGUACAAGGGACUGCAUUUAUAAGGUGAAGUGCCUAGGGCCAUCACUUACAAAGACCCACCACACCCUGGGUGUCAACGUGACAAGUCGAAAGCAAACACACUAAAUGACAUAUUAAAUGACCAUAAAUGACACGCUUUUGUUUUUUAAUUGGCCUUUCUGAGAAGAUUAGAAGACUGCUUACUUAAUAAUAGAAUAUCUAUUCAAAUCACUGUAAAUUUGCAUCAUCUUAUGCUUUAAAGGGCCCAUAUCAUUCAAAAAAUGAGUUUAAUGUAGUACCUUCAGUCCAUAUACAGGCUGUUUUAAAUGUAGUGUUUUUGUGAUGCCAAAAAAACUAAACUCAUUACUAAACAGUAACUAAGCAAUACAGGACAGCCAAUCAGAAAUGAGCUCAUUUACAUAUAGUAAUUUUAAAAACACAGUAACAAAAGCUGCCUCUUUAAUUCUAAAGGAAUGAAUCAUGAAUGAAAAAUAAAAAUAAAAUGCAUCAUAUGAGCCCUUUAAUUGCCGUUUUCCUGUGUUUUCUAGGCUGCUAAGAAUUAAGACAUUAUUCUACAGUAAUCAAAUGUGUUUUGAGGAAAUCCAGAGAUCGUCUUAUUUGCCAAAUGACAGACUUGCCACUGAUUUUGUUGUUGAUGUGGAGUGAAAAAUAAAUGACACAUGAAAUCA